AUGACUAUUCUCCGAGAGCAUAAUCGAAGCCGCAGCUUGGAGACGCAACGUAGUGAUUUCCUUCAUGAUCUCACCAACACGACUGACGGAAUCCACUUCUCUUCUACCCAGCUUCUUACAGGCAAGGCUGAUGAGAAAGAAGCCCUUGCUGUGCUUUGCCCUGAAAAGGCAUACAAGGCGACCGAGAUUGCUAUUGUCCAUUUAAGCAAGCUCCUUGUCCAGUGCAACAAAUGGCUCCCUAUUUUCGAUGUGCAGGGACCCCGUACGUACUGGACCGUUGUUGCUACUACGACUUCUCAGAUGCAAAAAAUCGAGUUGUCGGAAAAAAUGGCCAAGGAUGUUGUGUUUGCUCUUCUCCGAGCCAGACAGCGCUGGAUCCUUCGUCAGGACAACCCCAGAGCUGCCACCACUACCGUGAGAUCUCACUUCAUCGCCGGCCUCCAGCGACUUCUUCAACGAUUUGAGGAAAAAGAAAAGGACGCCACGGCGUACCAGUUCAACACAGACAAAGACUGGAAGUUGACCGAGAAGGAGAUCCGUGACGCCAAAUCGCGCCUCAUGGGCCCCGGAAGCCAGAUGGCCGGUGGCCGUAUUGGACUUUCCUUUCACUCUCCCCACGGCCUGUAUCCCAUCGCUCAGUUGUCCAGCGCUCCCAUGCUGGAGAGAAACCUUCUCGGCAUGCUUGACAGCUGCGUGGAGAAGAUCACUCCGGCCGAAGCUGUGCAGGCACUUCUAUCCAACCGGGCCAUAGACGCUGUCAGGGUUGAGGGUUGGCAACGGAGUUGGUUCGUAGAGUCAGAAGGUAGCGACGAUGACGAUGAGCAAGCCGCCGGCGUUGGUCAUAUCAUUCCACCUGAGCAGGGGGACGAAGACGGGUGGCUUUACGAAAAACCACAACCCGAGCCCGUCCCUGUCCCGGCGAUGACUAUGAAGCGCUUCUUCAGCGAAGAGCCUGAGGACGACGGCCCGGCCAAGAAGCAAGUCUUUGACAAGGGAAAGGCCAGAUCCGUCUCGACUCCGGUGGUCAGCCAGCCGCCGCUGACUCCAGGCAAGUCGGCCAGGACUUCUCGCUCGACCUCUCUGCAGGUCUCCCAGACGUCCAAGAAGUAAAGGAUACGUGCUUUUGACAUGCAUCGAUCAUUGUUGCAAGUAUCUUACGAAUUGGCUUGAAUCAGAGUAGUGGAUAUUUGCUUUUGAACGACGCUGGAUGGAUGGAACAUUAUGUCACAAUGGCUGGAUGGGUGGGCUGACAUUAUUCAUGAGUUGAUAUACGGAAUGGGCUUAUAGGUUGAAGGGUUUCGGGAACAUGUGUAUGAGUUAGCAAUCUAUAGCCCCAGAUGAUUCCAAAAAUCAACUUCAAAAAUUGACUCGCAAGAUGUUGAAAUUGUUGUUUGAUGUGAGGAUAUGAGGAAGUGGUUUUUAGUGCAGAAGUGAUGGAUCGCUUUGAACGCUUUCCUUCCAUCCGCCGGACGCGUUACAAAUUUCACAGCAUUCUCAAGCCUACCCGGAGCCUUGCCUGGGUGGAUAAGCGAGGCUGUGAAA